UCUCUAUUAUUCCUUCUCUAACCUCACCCAACACCACAACAAAGACAAGAAGCUGCAAAGUUUGAACAAACGACCAAAACAAAAAAGCAAGGCCCUUUCCCUUUUUUCCUCAUCCUCAUCGAUUGGAUUAAGAUUAGCCUUCCAAACCCACAAAAACCAUAAGAUACUGAGACACGAGUUGGGAAGUGAAGAGUUUUUCUCUUCUCUUUCUGACCCUUUUUAUUUUUUUCUGCGUUGAAGACAGAGGGAGGAAGAUGGAGAUGAUGCCAUACCAGCUUUCUCGGUUACCUUAUCAAGAUUCCCUCAAACUUCUGGAGGCUGAUAUACAGCAUGCCAAUGCUUUGGCUGCUGCAAUUCCCAGAGCCAAGGGUGGGACUCUUCUCCAAAUGAAAUUGGUUUACAAUCACUUGGCUCCUCUCUUUCUAUUGUUGCUUCAGUGGAUGGAUUGUUCUUGUACAUGCUUUCUUCACAGAUAUCUCGACCUCUUCCACAUAGUUGUAUACAAGGUACACAAUGAUGGUAGAUCAAACAUGACUUCUCAUGGAAGAAAGGCAACCAUCCGGGACUUUUAUGCCGUUAUACUACCAUCUCUCCAGCGGCUUCAUGGUAGCUUGGAGAAGUUGGAGAUUUGUAAGAAAGGUCACUCUGGCUUAGAAGGUUCAAGUUAUGGUCAGAAGAUGAUUGAAGGAGAUGGGAAAAUAUUCAAUGUCGAUUUGGAGAGAGAAGAUGAAUGUGGAAUAUGCUUAGAGCCAUGCACCAAAAUAGUUUUGCCUAAUUGCUGUCAUGCCAUGUGUAUUAAAUGCUACCGCAAGUGGAAUACACGGUCAGAGUCUUGUCCUUUUUGCCGUGGUAGCUUAAGGAGAGUUAAUUCUGAGGAUCUAUGGGUUCUCACUUGUAAUGAAGAUGUUGUUGAUGCUGAAACAGUUUCCAAGGAGGACUUGUUACGUUUCUAUCUUUAUAUCAACAGCCUACCUAAAGAUCACCCAGAUGCACUUUUCUUAAUGUAUUAUGAAUAUCUGAUUUGAUUUUUUACUAAAUAAGGAGAAAAAUGUACAGAUAGGGAAUUUCGGACUGCAAGUGUGAAUAGAGUCUGGUAAGAAAUAUCUCUGAUCAUGUCAACCACAGUCCACAGCUAUGCUAAGAUGAAUUUAUGGAAUUUUAGCUCAGAAUAAGAACCCUGUUGGUCUGUCAUAUAUCUAUCUCCAUUUUAGACAAUAUAGAGUACUAUUACAAUUAACUUAGAAGCCCUUGUUUGAGUUCUAGUAGCUGAAGUUUUCUAAGAAACUAAUUCAGAUAUAAGGAUCCAUAUAUAUUAUCCUAAGUCUACCUGGAUGUUACUUCUUGAGAAGAAUGAUACUGACAGUAU